ACAAUGAAUAAGUCAGGAAUGUCUACUGUGACACAGUUUGUCUUGAUGGGCUUUCCUGGUCCCUGGAAAAUGCAAAUCCUCCUUUCAAUGAUUUUGUUCACCUACGUCUUGACUCUGACUGGGAAUAUGGCCAUCAUUUGUGCAGUGAGGUGGAACAACAGACUCCAUACCCCUAUGUACAUUCUCCUGGCUAACUUCUCCUUCCUAGAGAUUUGGUAUGUCACCUGCACAGUCCCCAACAUGCUGGUCAAUUUUCUUUCCAAAACCAAGACCAUAUCCUUCUCUGGUUGCUUCAUUCAAUUCUUUUUCUUUUUUUCCCUGGGCACAACUGAAUGCCUCUUCCUCUGUGUCAUGGCUUAUGAUCGAUACCUGGCCAUCUGCCAUCCAUUGCACUAUUCCUCCAUCAUGACUGGACAGCUCUGUGCCAUCCUGGUGUCUUUUUGUUGGUUCGUUGGUUUCCUUGGACAUUCAAUUCCCAUUAUCUUCAUUUCUCAACUACCUUUUUGUGGUCCCAACAUCAUUGACCACUUUCUCUGUGAUGUAGGCCCACUGAUAGCAUUAUCCUGUACCCUUAGACCCAUCAUAGAGCAUGUAUUCCAUUCUGUGAGCUCUCUUAUCAUCAUUUUCACCAUGUUGUACAUCCUAGGAUCAUACAUCCUGGUGCUCAGAGCUGUGAUUCGGAUUCCUUCGUCAGCUGGGCAGCAAAAGGCCUUCUCUACCUGUGGAUCCCACUUAGUUGUGGUUUCUCUGUUCUACGGAACCAUAAUGGUGAUGUAUGUAAGUCCCACAUCUGGCAACUCAGUUACUAUGCAUAAGAUCAUCACACUGAUAUACUCUGUAGUGACACCACUCCUAAACCCUCUCAUCUACAGCCUACGUAACAGGGACAUGAAAUUCGCCCUCCGUCAGGUCCUUUGUGGAAUGAGAAUUUUCCAAACUUCAUGA